AUAUUUUAUCAUCCCAAUUCCCAAACAUCUAUUUCUUACUCCAAAUUAGUGAAUUACUACUACAUUAGUACACUCUUUUGUUACAUUAUAUUUCCCUUUGAAGUAACAAAAUGAGCUCAAUUCUUGGUAGCAAUGCCACAGAAAUUGCUCCAAAUUCUGAAGAGGAGGCCUCUUGUAUGGCAAUGUGUUUGGCUACUUGGUCAGUUCCAUCUAUGGUGUUCAAAACUGUUCUAGAGUUGAACGUCCUAGACAUUAUUUACAACGCGGGUCCCACGGCCCAACUCUCCGCGGCGGAUAUCGUGGCCCAAUUACCCACCACGAACCCCGAUGCCGCCGCGGUUUUGGACCGUAUGCUACGCCUCUUGGCUAGCUUUACUAUCCUCACUUGCACUCAACUUGAUCAGCCUGAUGGCCAGCCCAAAAGGCUAUAUGGGCUUGGCCCAGUUUGUCAGUUUUUGGCUAAAAAUGAUGAUGAGGUUUCUUAUGCUGCUUUUGCCAACCUCAUGCAUGAUCAUAUUAUCAUGGACACUUGGAAACAUUUAAAAGAUGCAGUACUUGGAGGUGGAGUUCCAUUCAAAAAAACUUAUAAUACAGGCAUAUUCGACUAUUUGGGAACAGAUUCCAGAUUUUAUAAGGUUUUCUAUGAUGGAAUGGAUCAUCACUCUACCAUUGUCAUGAAGAAAAUUCUGGAUACAUACAAAGGAUUUGAGGGUAUAUCAACACUUGUAGAUGUUGGUGGUGCAACUGGUCUUUGUCUUAACAUGAUUCUCUCCAAAUACCCUUCAAUUAAGGCCAUUAACUUUGAUCUCCCUCACAUCAUUAGAGAUGCACCAACUUAUCCCGGUGUUGAACACGUUGGAGGGGACAUGUAUACCAGUGUUCCCAAGGGUUGUGCUAUAUUUAUGAAGUGGACCUUUCAAUCAGGAACUGAUGAACAAUGUCUGAAGCUAUUGAAGAAUUGCCAUGAAUCAUUGCCAGAAGAAGGGAAAGUAAUAAUUUGCGAGUACGUUGUACCUGAAUCACCUAAAACCAGUUAUCAAGCACAUACCGCUUUCAUUUGGGAUGCAAUUAUGUUGACAUUUCCAGGGGGUAAGGCAAGGACUAAACAAGAGUAUGAAACCUUAGGCAAACAUGCCGGGUUUGAAGAAUUUCGAGUUAUUUGCUUCGCUUGUGAUACUUGGGUUAUGGAAUAUCUCAAAAAGAAGAGCGACAUUUAAUUUAAGUUAGUGGUCUUAUCAAAUUAUGAGUAAUAAUUUAGCUUAAUUAACUGGAAUAAGAUGUAGUAAGAUAUCAAUUGUGAGCUUUGAAAUUUUCUUCUUUUAAAGUUAUCUUCCAUUUUGUAUGACAUUGUUCUUGCAUUGCAUAAUUAGUAAUUUUAACUUUGAAAAUCAAUAUUAUCAACUUUAAAUUUUUGUUUUUGAA